GCCUCCGGUGUGCAUUACGAGGGAGAGGUGGAGGGGAGCAGAGCGGAGGGGAGAGGAAGCAUGUGGUUUCCUGAUGGGACCUCGUAUGAGGGGGAGUUCUUGGACGGUCAGUGUCAUGGGGAGGGGAGGUGGGUACACAAGACUGGGGAGGUCUACGUUGGGAGCUUCAGGAACGGGAUGGCAGAGGGGAAGGGAAGGCUGACAGGGAGAGGAGGAGAGGAGACGUUUGACGGAGAGUUUGUGCAGAACCUGCCUCAUGGGUGGGGGAGGAAGACGUGGGGAGACGGGUCAAGCUAUGAAGGAGAGUGGAGGAGAGGAGUUCAGCAAGGACAGGGGAAGUGGAGGAAGGGAGGGAACGAGUUCGAAGGGAGGUUUGAGGACGGGAUGCCGGAGGGAGAGGGGAGAAUGGUGUAUGGUACAGGAGAGGUCUACCAGGGUGAAUGGAGCAAGGGAAUACAGCACGGGAGGGGGGUGUUGUUUGAGAGGAAAGAGCGAAUCUAUGAUGGAUUGUGGAGGUUUGGGAAGAGGACGGGGAAGGGG